AUGCGCUCUCUUGCUCUAGCUGUCAUUGCUGCGUCUAUCGCGUUCUCUGUGGCAGCACCGGCUAGUGAGAGUAAUGGCGUUAGGAUUCCUCUGGCUCCGCGUAAGCGGUUCGCCAACGAGGAUGGCGUAGCGAACAUUACUCUGCUUCAGAAGCAUCUCGCUCGCUCGCUCGACAAGGUCUCCCGUGGCUUUGAUGCCUUCGAACGUAAUACCGGCGCUAAGCAUCCUUUGGACACUGGCAAUCGCCCUUCCAAGCGCGCGACUGGGGCAGACCCUCUUACGGACGACGAUGAGGGAGAGUUAUGGCAGGGAGCCAUCUCUGUCGGUUCUCCUGCCAAAGGCUUCACGGUGGAUUUCGACACAGGGUCCUCAGAUCUCUUUCUUCCUGGUGCCAAUUGCGGUGCGACUUGCCGUGGACAUACUCUCUACAGCCCUGGGACGAGUGCUACCAACACUCGCCAGCGUUUCAGCCUUGCCUUCGGCGAUGGAUCUACUGUUCAGGGCACACUUUUCACGGAUACAGUGACCGUAGCUGGUCUUACUGCGACUGGCGCAGCUGUCGGCGAGGCUUCUCAGUACAGCACUGGUUUUGAGAUCGCGAACUUCCCACCCGAUGGUCUUAUGGGCAUGGCGUUCCAGCAGAUCUCCGUCUUCAAUAAGCCGCCAUUCUUCAUGUCGCUCAUCAGCCAGGGAAAGGUUACUUCACCCGAAUUUGGAGUCAAAUUGUCGACGUCGGGUUCAGAGCUUUUCCUUGGUGGUGCCGACACCAGACUCUUCACUGGAGCCUUAACGCAAGUUCCAGUGACGACAGUCGGCUUCUGGGAGGUGAGCAUGGGCGCAAUCGGUGCGGGAGGGCGUACAGCAGCAACUAACAUUGACACCAUCGUGGAUACGGGCACCACUCUCGUCGUCGGCGACAUGAACACUGUUAGGGCUCUCUAUGCAGACAUACCUGGCUCGGCAGAUGCGAGCAACACCGCCGGACCUGGCUUCUUCACAUUUCCAUGCAACACGGAUCCAAAAGUUGCUCUCACUUUUGGAGGUAAGAGCUUCCCUAUCUCUCUCGACACGUUCAAUCUCGGCCAGCUGGAGGCGGGAUCCAAUGAGUGCGUCGGAGGGGUAAUGGGAGCGUCGGGCCUUCCGGCCUUUAUUGUCGGUGAUGUGUUCUUACAGAAUGUCUACACAGUCUUUGAUGUUGGAAACACGCGUGUCGGCUUUGCGACUCUCGCCUGA